UAUCAACGGAUGCUUCAGCACAUUUGACGUAAUAUAAGCUCAUGAAAUUGACAAUAGAUAAAUUUUUGGUCUGCGAUUCUAACACUCGUGUCUUCAGCGUCAGUAACCAACUCAGGUUUUCUCGAUAAGAUGUCCGAGUACUGGAAAUCAACAGUAAGUUUCAAAUCUAGUUCCGGUCUGCACCACUCUAACCAUCAUUUAGCCCAGCUAUUGGUGCAAGCACUGUAAGCAAUAUGUCAAAGAUACCAAGCUUGAGAAAUCAAACCAUGAAGCGAGUCCGCGGCAUCAAGGCAACCUCAAGCGCUUUCUACGCGACCUACAUCGUGGCCAUGAGAAGGAUCAAAGGGAGAAGGAUCGAGCGAAAGACGAAAUCGCCCGACUAAAUGGAAUAGUAAGUGGAAUUGGUGAAGCAGGAAGUUCUUCACAAGUCUCCAGGCCUAGUGCAUCAAUUCCAAAACCGCCAGCAACAGCCGCGCAGCGAAAGCAACAAUUGGCACAAUUGGCAAAACUAGGCGUUAGUGUUCCAGAUGAAUUUAGAUCUGAUUUAGCUAUGCCGGGAGAAUGGCAGGUUACUUCUGAGCGUAUCAUUGAGGACGGAAAUGGGGAAAAGAAACCAGACGCACUUGCGCUGGGCGUUCGGAAGAGGGAAGCCGAGGAUGAAGAUGAAGAGGCGAAAGAAGCGAAAAGGAAAAGAUGGGGCACAGCAAUUCGCACAUACCCCACGGAGAAUAACGACGAUGAUCUGGACACUCUAUUGAGCAAUACUGCUAAAGGCAAGGGUCCGGGUUUGAAAGCUGAAACGGACAAUGGUAUCAAGAUAGAGAUAAAAAGAGAGAACGCUGAGAAUGUAGAGCCUCCAUCAAGUAGUAAAAAAGAACCAGCUGUGAAGGCUGAGACGGAGGAAGACACCAAAAUCGACAUAAAACAGGUACCGGAAGCGACAGAGCAGAACAAUGAGCCCCCAGCGUCAGGGGUCAUCUUCAAGAAAAGGAAAGCCAAGAAUAUUCGCCAAAGAUGAAAAACCACCAUCUGAAAGAAUUCAUCCAACCUAAAGUCAAGCACCAGAUACCGACCAUCGAAAAAACCACUCUUCAGAAUGCAGCAUUUGAGCCUACGAGGUUCCUGCGAGAUUGUAGUUAUAGUGGGCAGGGUGGGGAGGCGUGGGUACCUCAAACUUACAUCGGUAUGGUGUGAUCUCCAAAUCGAUCUCGCGCUAGAACUAGCACUUCCACAGUGGACUCUAAUGUUAUAGAUCCCCCCGUCUGAGUCUCCGAGAGAGACUUGCAGCACUCACAUUUGCGCUAGCGGGUCAGGGACCAACUGUGCUGGGAAGCUACGUAAUUAGCUAGCUACUUCUUGGAAUUUCGAGCGAAGGUGGGGGGAGGAAAUCUUCCUUUCCAGAUUGAACAGAGCGAAUAGGAUAUGGAAAAUAUAAUAGUGGAAUAGAAGCAGCAGUAGUUGGGAGUACAAAACCAUCAAUAUCCAAACUUGGUAAAUCUAUCUCGGCCAAAAAGAAGAGCCAGCGCAUGCGCACUUCCUAUAAAUCUAUACCUCACAUCUUGCACCCAAGCACCGUACA